AUGGCAGACACCCGAUCUGCGAACGAGAAGCCCUUGCACCCGCCACCAGUCAAGCCGAUGAUCAUUGGCGUCUUCGGUGUCACAGGUAGCGGCAAAACAACACUUAUGCACAAUUUAGAGGCAAGUAUGAACCUAUCGAAGAUCGCGUUCUUUGAAGGCUCCGAGGUCGUUGCCCGGCACGCAGGCGGUCUCCAGACGUUCAAGAGCAGCAACGAGGGUGAAAAGCUUGCGAUACGUGAAGCCGCCAUCAUCUCCAUCCAGCAAGACUGCAUUGACACCAAGAGACUCGGAAUCGUCACUGGACACUUCAGUUUCUGGCGGGAGGAGGCAGACGCUGACCUUGAAGAAGUCAUUACUAAUGCUGAUUUGAAUGUUUACACGCACGUUCUGUAUCUUGACCCUCCAGCGGACGUUAUCGAGAAACGCGUCGAAAACGACACUAAUCGCCCUGAGCGCAGGAGGUUGUCAGCAGCUCAGAUUCGUCGCUGGCAGGAUUCCGAGAAGAAAAAGUUGCGAAAGCUCUGUUACAAGAAUGGGAUUGUGUUCUCGCUCAUACAGGAAACCUGUGCGGCGUCGUAUCUCGUCAAAAGGUUCUAUGUGCACAAUGAGGAGUACGAUAAAAUAAUGGCCAUCGGACGUGUGAUUGAAGCGAUGAGCAGUCUUGUUGGUCUCAAGCGAACCAAGCCAGAUGCUAUGCUCGUCAUCGACGGCGACAAGACUCUGGCCGCGGAAGAUACUGGCGAGCUUUUCUGGAAGCAAGCUAUGAGCGACCAGCCAGAUCCUCUACAAGCUCUAUUCCGGACAGCAGGGUACUCUCACACCUCUUUCCAUCAAGCUAUUUUGCUGUACCGCGAUGUGGGUGACGAAGAAUACUUCGAUGCUAUAUGCAGCACCGUGGCGUCUCAGGUGACAGUGCGUCCCGAGUUCAUCAACCUGCUUCAGAUGGUCGCCAAGGCACCGCAUAUCGGCGCGAUCGUCGUGACCUGCGGACUGCGGCUAAUUUGGCAGAAAGUGCUCACGAACCUAGGGCUAUCUGAAAUAGUCAGAGUCGUCGGUAGUGGGCCAGAGUUGUCCGACUGUAUCGUGACGCCCAGGAUCAAGGCCGAUGUCGUGAAGCACUUGCAGGAAUCUCACAACAUGUACGUUUGGGUAUUCGGUGACAGUCCCCUUGACCUGCCUAUGCUCAAGCAAGCCGAUCAGGCUCUGGUGGUCGUGGGAGAGCAACAAAAGCGAAGCAAAAGCAUGGAGGUCGAGCUCAAGCAUGCCAUCGAUGACGGUGAUCUGCGUGCUCGUCAGAUACUCUUUCCUGGCAACGCCUCUCCAUUGCUGGAUACCUCCAAGCUACCAAUCGUCCAGCUGGUGGACCUGGGCUUCAUGCAAGCUCUGAAAUGCGGCAUUCAAACCAAAGAUGCCACUACGCGCACCGCGGCCAAACUAUUAAUGACGCCGACUCGAGAUGCGACAGUGAGCGGUCCCGCCCUGCGCAAAGCCCAUCGAAAGGUCGGAUGGUACCUCGCCACAGAGUUUCUAUCCGACCUACUCGGCGUCCAAGAGAUCCAGAUCCGCCACGUCCAAGGCGGGUCCACCAACGGCUAUUGCCUCGUCGACGAGAGUAGCACAACCAUCAUCGCAGUCAUGCGCGGCGGUGAACCCAUGGCAUUCGGCGUCAGCGAUGCCUUCCCACAAUCUGCCUUCCUGCACGCCCACAAGCCCGAGGAUAUUGAGCUUCAGCAGCUGAAGCGGCAGUCUACCGUAAUCCUGGUCGAUUCCGUGGUGAACAAUGGCGAGACCAUGGCCGACUUUGUGCAACACCUUCGCAAAUUGAGGCCGACCAUUCGUAUCGUAGUCGUUACUGGGGUUGUGCAGGCUGAUGGGCUGCGUCCGGGAGCAUUGCUGGAAUGGGCCUUGGUUGGAUAUAGCAGUAUCGAUCUGGUUACACUGCGGAUUAGUCAGAACAAGUAUACUGGGCGAGGAGGAACAGAUACCGGGGCGCGGUUAUUCAAUACGACUCGCUUGGAAGAAUGA